AUGGACAAAGAUCGCCACUACAAAGUCAAGUAUACCGAUGUUGACUACAUCGUGUUCACGGAUGCUUCACGGUUGAUCGUGGAUGGCUCGUCGCCUUUUGCGCGUGCCACCUAUAGGUACACACCACUUUUAGGACUGCUCUUGACUCCUAACAUACUGUUCACGGCUAGCUUUGGAAAAUGUCUGUUCGCCGCCUGUGAUCUUCUCGUGGGAUGGGUCAUAUACAAACUUUUGAUUCUGCGCAAGUUAGACCACAAUACGUCACUUUGCUGUGCCAGUGCCUGGCUACUCAAUCCAAUGUCAUUUGGCAUCUCGACACGUGGAAAUGCUGAGUCCAUCAUCUGCUCGGCGGUACUAUGUGCCCUGUGGAUGCUAGAGACUAAAAGAGUUUUAGCGGCGGGGACACUCCUUGGUUUGGCUAUACACCUAAAAAUUUACCCUAUACUCUACACACUCCCCAUGUACCUUUGGCUGGGAUCUAGCACCCCGAAACCCAGUGGCGGUCAAUUCCGAGAGUUCCUCUAUCGAUUAGCCCCGAACUUUCGACAGAUCAAGCUUGUUGUAUCUUGCGUCCUGAGUUUCUGCUGCACAACAUACGCAUGCUACCUGUGGUGCGGCGAUGCUUAUUUAGAGGAGGCCUGGAUAUACCAUGUGCGGCGUACAGACAACAGACAUAACUUUUCUGCAUACUUCUACCCGCUGUAUCUGUCGUUUGGCACGGAUUUCGCAAAAAUGGUGGGGUUGGCUGCCUUUGUACCACAGGCCAUACUAUCUUUAGUCAUCGGUGCAUCGCUAUUCCACGAUCUACCGCUGACCAUGUUUCUGCAGACUUUCGUCUUCGUGACGUUCAACAAGGUGUGCACAUCGCAGUACUUCUUGUGGUACAUCUGCCUGCUACCGCUGGUCGCACACCAUAAGGCCACUACAUUGACAACGAAGCAGGCCGUGAAGAUGACUGCAGUAUGGUUUGGAUGUCAGGGUCUGUGGCUUCUCCCAGCCUACUUCCUUGAAUUCGAGGGCGUGCCCACCUUCAUAUACCUCUGGGCCGCGGGGUUGGCACUUAUGUGUGGAUGCGCAUGGAUCGUGGUACAAAUCAUCUGCCAUUCAACCGUUGUUCCCUAAGCUUGUGGGCUGUACCCGAAUCAUCUCGUGCUAUUCAUGGAAACCCUCUUGCGGUACAAAUCCUCGACCAAUUAACUGUUCGUUAGCAAUAUUUUGAGUGCUACGGCGGGACCUGCCAAGAAUGUGUUGCAUUUGAGAAGCCUGGGUGAUGGGUCUGGUUUUGAGGUGCAAAUUCUCCACAACGCAACUGUCGAUCCUUGAGCUUGUGGGUUCCUUCUAACGCCCAAGUGCUCCGUGUUGAUACGACAGACAAAGUGGUGCAAUCUCCCACCAGCUAACAAUCGUAGCCUGCGCUCGAACGACAUAUUUAAUAGCUAUGCGUUUAUACGGCUGUUGCCGCUGAAUUAUAUACUUUGGAGACGGAACAAAACUGGAAGCACAAUCACCACAUGCAUAUAUGUUCCUCUAUUGUUUGCAAAACCUCUCGGUAGUAUAUGCAAACGCCCUAAUAAUUGACGCCUGCUCAUCAUCUGCCCAUAUACGAUAUUCAAUUCUAUCAGAAAGUCAGUGUAUUUUACGCGUGGAUUAUUGUUGCACUCAGACACUCAUAUAUAAGUCUUCGGCAUCCAUGCUCGCUUAAUUGUAUCAGUAGUAUCACCGAAGUAAUGGCAACACGAACUCCUCAUGAAACCUUUGACAUUAACGAUAUUAUAUAAUUUAUUAUGA